GAGUUCUCAACUCCGCUGCUCCUGCGAGAAAGAGAGGGGCCAGUUAGAGGAGGUAGGAGAAGGCCUCACUUGACUCCCUUAGGGCUUGGAAUUGUUGGCCUUCCCGCCUUUGUUUAUCGAUUGUCUCCGGCAAGUGAUACCUCAAGGCGUCAUCCUUUUGGCUAAAGCUUCCGUUGAGCUGUUCAUAGGAGUGUUUAGUUAUCAAGGAUUCUUUCUGCUCAGGUUCGGUGCUAAUCUUCUCCGUUGAUCCAGUUCCGGAUUUGUAGGGCAUCAUCGUCAGAUCUUUAUCAUUGAUCGAGAUUUCUCUUUGUUGUAGUAAGCGGUCCGUCUGUCUUUUAGAGACGCGAUUUCACUGGAACUAGGUUUUUUCGUCCGUGGAUGAUACCCCCAUCUCCGAGUUCGUUUCGUGAUUCGAGGGUUUCACUAGGACGAUAUUCUAGAUUGAGUUGGGGUUUUGGGUCGACGAGUGGGUGGUUGCCUUGUGAAGACAGUGGGGAUUGACCUUGCCUGAACCGGGGCGUUUCUUGUUGUUUUGUGGAUGUUUCAUGUUUGUUUUGUAUAGCUAUGGAUGUGGAAUUUGCGGAUAAAGGAGGAAAUAAGAGGACAUACCACCGGGUUGGGGCAACAGGCAAGAUUCCGAAGAUUUGUUAUUACUGGCAGGAGGGCAGAUGCACCAGAAAUCCUUGCAAUUUUCUACACGGAGAGGUGCCUGGUGGGGUUGAUAGAGUGGGCAUCAGCAAUGGAGUUAAUGCGACGAAGCGGCCCAACCAGAUGAUGGAGUUUGACAAUGGUGGUGGGCCUCCUAUGCAGAGAAGACCCGUGAAUCCCAAAUGGGGAAGAAAUACGGGUGUAAGCAGUGGUGGUGGCAGCGGUGCGGUCGUGGAGAGCAAUAGGAGGGUACAAGGCAAAGUAUGUAACUACUGGAUAUCGGGACACUGCAAAUAUGGCAAUGAUUGCAAGUUUCUACACUCCUUUUUUGUGGGUGAAGGUUUCACGCUAGUGACUGCUCUAACUGGGCACGAAAAGGCCGUGCGUGGGAUUGCACUUCCUUCGGGUUCGGAUAAACUUUACUCAGGCAGUGCUGAUGCAUCAGUUAGAGUCUGGGACUGCCAGAGCGGCCAGUGUGCUGGUGCAAUCAAAUUGCCUGGUGAAGUGGGGUGCCUGAUUAGCGAAGGUCCUUGGCUUUUUGUUGGGAUACCUAAUUUUGUGAAGGCGUGGAACACCCAAACUGCCGCAGAGCUCACUCUUAACGGGCCAAAUGGGCAGGUGCACGCACUUGCUGUGGGUAAUGAGAUGCUUUUGGCUGGAAUACAGGACGGGAGCAUACUUGCGUGGAAAUUUAGCAUUGCUGCCAAUUGUUUUGAGCCAGCUGCAUCACUCCUAGGGCACAGUCUCUCUGUUGUUUCACUAGUUUUUGGUGCUAACAGACUCUUCUCGGGUUCCAUGGACAAGACAAUAAAGAUCUGGAACCUUGAGACAUUUCAAUGCAUCCAAACACUGGGUGAUCACUCUUCUGUGGUCAUGUCUCUUCUCUGCUGGAAAGACUUUUUACUUUCUUGUUCCUUGGACCAAACUGUUAAGGUCUGGGUAGCUACGGAAAGCGGUGACCUAAAAGUAACAUAUACACACAAGGAAGAACAUGGUGUCCUUACUUUGUGUGGAACCCUUGAUGCUCAAGAUCAGCCGGUUCUAAUAUCUGCAUGCAAUGACAACAGCGUUCGACUUUAUGACCUACCAUCGUUCAACGAAAGAGGUAAGAUGUAUUCAAAAGAAGAAGUGAGAGCAAUCCAAGUGGGACCUGGGGGCUUGUUCUUCACCGGUGAUGGAACUGGGGAACUGAGGGUAUGGAAGUGGUUAGCUCAGGGGACCAAGGCUUGACACAGUCAAUUGUACCAUCCUUUUUCUGUGUAUUUAAAUUUAUGGAGGGAGGUGAUCCUCUUAUCAUGCGAAGAUCCCGUCACAUUGUGACUGUUAUUGAGGUUGUGAAGCGAUUUUGUUCGGAAAAAUAAGCUCUCUAUAUGGAAAGUUACGUGUUUUUUUCUUA